AUGCAGCUCUUCUUGGCUGCAGGGGGCAAGGCUCCUCAGCAGCAGCAGCAGCAGCAGCAGCAGGAGCAGCAGCAGCAGCAGCAGCAGCAGGAGCAGCAGCUACUGGCUAAGAAGGAGCCAAUGGAGAGCAGAGAGGCCGACGGCGUAUUCCCCCCAAGCAGCAGCAGGUAUCGCGGCAGCUGGAGGUUCCGUGCUGAGGCACUGAAGACAUUGGGGGGUCUUCUGUCGCAUGCAGAACUGAUGCAGCUCUUCUUGGCUGCAGGGGGCACGGCUCCUGCUCCUUAUCUUUUGCUGCAAUCAAGUCGAGCCGCAGCACAGCAGCAGCAGCAGCAGCAGCAGCAGCAGCAGCAGGAGCAGGAGCAGCAGGGGGGGGGAAAGGGACAGGAGGUCUCCCUCCCCCCCCUCAGUGCCGCUUCUCGCCUCGAUGAUGCGCUAGAGGUUAGCAGCAGCAGCAGCAGCAGCAGCAGCAGCAGCAGUAGCAGCAGCAGCAGCAGCAGCAGUGGCAGUAGCAGUAGCAGCAGCAGCAGCAGUAGCAGUAGCAGCAGUAGCAACGGCAGCAGCAGCUGCAUGUUGUAA